AAGGGCGGCGCAGACGUCUUCGUCUUACACAGACGUGAAGUUAAACAAAUCAACGCUAUAGACCGUCGGUGUCUCUCGUCACCAUAAAUAAACAGAGAAGUUAGAUUCACGGUAUUCUGCUCAGCUGGCACUCGGUUUGAAUUCAUGUCUAUAUUUUCACCGCAGAUAUUCUGCACUUUGUUUGUACCCAGCCAAGUUAUGACUGAGGUGAUGAUCAACAACACCCCAAUUGAGGACAUGAGGCUCAGCCCAAGCAAGGACAGACUCUCUUUCCAGAUCUUCCCCGACCCCUCAGACUUUGAUCGCUGCUGUAAGCUGAAAGAUCGCCUGCCCUCCAUCGUGGUCGAGCCAACAGACGGAGAGGUGGAGAGCGGGGAGCUGCGUUGGCCUCCAGAGGAGUUUCUGGUCAGUGAGGAGGAGGAGGAGGAUGAUGAUGAUGAAGUGGUGCAAAAUGGCAGUAUCCAAAAUGAACAGCCAGUGCAGAAUUCUCAGCACUAGGAGCGGCUGGAGUUCUACAUCCUCCUGGUCCGGUUCAACUGUUCCCUGAACUGGUUCUCAUGCACCUGAGCACUCAGACUUAACUGACAGGCACAUGUUUAGUAAUGCCACUUUGAUUUUCUUCAACACCAAAGCAUCGCUCCCGUAAGACGAGAAAUCCCACUUUUUCUACAAGACAAACUGUCCUCUUGCAUUGAAACCAUCAUAGACCGACUUCCUCCAUGCCUCCAUCAUGUGUCUCUCAACCCACAAUGGACUGUCCUGUUGGACAGCAACAGCAGCUUGGUGGCUCCAUGGACAGCUCUAAUCCUACAGGGGGCAACUAUUGCGCUGCACUUUACUCCACAAAUGGCAGGCUUCAUGACCCCAGAGACUUCUGACACAUGCAUGUCCAGAAAGUUUGUCGUACCUGUGGAGAUUGUCUGCCAUACACUGUCCAACUUGUUAGUUAUGAUUGCCACUGCAAUCUAUCUGUUCAGAGAAGUGCAUUUUUUUAUCUCAAUUGUGGUGUUUUUGAUGAGCAUAAAAAUUUGUCUGAAGGACACUCUGGAAAUAUGUUGGAAGUAAAGAAAUGUACCAGCAUGCACUGCUGUGUUCAGUAUGUAGCAAA